UGAAAAUUGAGGAACACACAGAGCACUAGAGUGUAAAUUUGAAUCAUUCUUCAAAAAUCGCGACCGUAGGUACUCUAGCUUUUCGUUUCAUCCUCGUAUUAAGAAAGCGCUACAGGCCCUUGGACCGAGGUUGAUUUCACCCCGUAUUAUUGUUUUUGCAGCUAGAAUAUAACUGAAUAUAACUUGUAAGCACGACACUAUUUUAAACUUGUUUUUUUGCGUGCCUCGUGCUAUUAACAUGCAUUGGAUGAUUUCUCCGGUACCCCGGCUUUGCUUGGUCUAUCUUUUUAACUCAUCCGGUCUGUAAAAUGUAUACUGAACUCAAAAUGGUAACCAAUAAUCGAUAAAUGUAAACAGUGAAAGUGAAAGUAAAACCUUUAUUGAAAAAGAAGUCACCUGAAAAUGGAGAAUAACAGUCAACCACCAUCUGAGUCAACAACCAAUAAAUCAACAUCUUCGAAAGGUCAGCCGACAGGUGAUUCGGUAACCAACAAAUCAUCAUUUUCAUUUGGUCAACCCACAGCUGAUUUAACAACGAACAAAACAUUAAUUAUGUUUGGGAAACCUGCGUCUGAUUCAGCAAUAAAAAAAUCAUCAUUUUCGUUUGGAAAAUCCACAGUUGAUUCUGCAACCAGCAAAUCAACAUUUGCAUUUGGAAAAUCCACGUUUGACCUUGCAACCAGCAAAUCAACAUUUUCAUUUGAAAAAACCUAAGUUGAUUCUGCAACCAGCAAGUCAUCAAUUUCAUUUGGAAAAUCCACAGUUGAUUCUGCAACCAGCAAACCAAUGUUUUCAUUUGAUCGGCUCACAGUUGAUUCUACAACCAGCAAAUCAUCAUUUUUAUUUGGAAACCCCAAGUUGAUUCUGCAACCAGCAAAUCAAAUUUUUUAUUUG